AUGGAUGCCGAUGAUGCGGCUACUGCAGGUGACGGCAAUGAAGCGAGCGAGCUGUUCAACCGGCAGUUGGAUCAGCAGAAGCUGGUGGCGAUGACAGCCCGAGUAGCUCAGCUACAAGAUGAAGAUGCCGAGUUACGUGCAAGACACGACAAACGCGAACAGGAGACGCACGAGUUCGUGGCUUAUUUCCAGAAGGAAAUCCAGACGCGAGACAAGCAACUCACAAAACUGAGCGAAGAACUCGCCGCAGCUCGACUAAGUCACGCACUGGCACUGGAACAACUGCAACAAGCUCGCGAUGCGGAGCGGCAGCAUUUGAUCCAGCAGGCUGCUGCAAAGGAAGAAGCGGCUUCGGGGCAGGUUUUCUAUCUGCGUGAGGAGCUUCAUCAGCUCGAGCUCUUUCGAGAAAUGAAGGACAGUAUUGCCACAAAGAUGAAGGAUCUGGAGACGCAACUGACUCUGGAGAGAGAGCAAGCACGCGAUACUACCAGCGCGCUUGAACGGAAAUUCCUGGAGGAAAAGGCUCGUUUACAGAAGGAGCACGAGAAAAAAAUUGAGAUCGUCAAGCAACAAGCAAGGGAAGAUGCACGCAAUGGACUGGACGCCGACACUCGGAAGAUCGUGACGGACAACAAGCGCAUGGGUGAGGAAUUGCGCUUCCAGCUGCAGAUGACCGAAGAACUCCAGCGUGAGAAGCAACAGUUUGAAACACGAGCCAAGUCGUUGACUGUGGAGCUGCAACUCCAAGUCCAAAAGGAGGCAGGGUUUGCCAAACAAGCCCAGAGACAAGCUAGAGAACUCACUCAGUUGCGCUCUAGUCUGCGAGAAGCUGAACAGAAACUUGGCGCAGGUUUGGCUGCAGCAUCGUGGGAUGCUCAUGCAUACGCUGCCCGUCACGAGCGAGAGCGCGAGGAGUUGACGCUAGAUGUGGAAGGCUUACGGAAGUUGCUGCGGCUCAAAAACCGCGAGCUACGAAACCUGAGACGACUAGCGCAAACUAUCUUAACCCAGCGCACGGACGUUGAACAGUUCUUCCUGGACUCGCUUGAGCAUGUCAAGCGUGAAAUUGAAAGAGAACGCAAAGAGAAACACGAGCGGGAGACUGAGAAUUACCAUCGAGAAGUGAAUUGCGCACACGGGAUGAAACCCGGUCUGAGAUUCCCGAAGUUAACAUCCCCAACGAGUCAUCAAAGCUCGGUAUUACCCGGACCACCGCAGCAUUUCACUGAAAAAGUUAAUUUACGCCAACUCAGCUGGGAAGACCGAGAGCGAGUUCUUCGUCUUGUGUUUGCCAAGAUUAACCAUUCCCAGAGUUUUAUCGACAUGCAGGGUGAUCUGCCUCCAGAAUCUACUGAGGCUCCGACCAAACACUCACGUAGCCCGAACCAGAGAGAGAAACAGCGAUCCACCGCGGUUUAUUUCGCGACGGAGCCUCACAAUGGACAUAACGGACGCGCUACAGCAGAUAGCAGCUCAAUGGCGGAUGACUCAUUGAGCAUGUCACUGAGCGGGAUGCCAAUCGUACCGCGAGCACCAACUCGUGGCAGCAUCCGUAAAGGUAGAUAG